CGGGGCCGGGCCGCCCACACCGAGCCGCGGCGCGCACGGCGGCUGUCCCGCCUGCCACAAUGCGCGGCGAGGCUGCGGCCGCGGCUUGACGCGGGCGUCCCUGACGUCGCCGCUCGGCAUCCUUAGGACAGGCCGCCCCCGAGGCCGCGCGGAGCCCCCUGGCCCGCGCCCCCCCAUGCGCUCACGCCUCGGUGGCCGGCCGGGCGGACGCGGAGCCGCGCGGGUGACGGCAGACAGAGGCGGCUGCGCGCCCAGCCUAGCCCAGCCCAGCCGAGGAGAGGGCGCGCCGCGCCCCCGCCCCCCGCCCGCUCUCCGGAGGCCGUGGGUGCGGAUGCGCGGCUGACGACUCGCAGCGACCAGCACUGGAGCCCGCAGCAUGGCAGCCGCCGCCUAUGUGGACCACUUCGCCGCCGAGUGCCUCGUGUCCAUGUCCAGCCGCGCGGUCGUGCACGGGCCGCGGGAGGCGCCGGAGCCCCGGCCCGAGGGUGCGGCCGCCGCCGCCGCCGCCGCCCCCGCGAUGCCCCGCGCCGACGAGCGCCGCGACGGCAAGGACAGCGCCUCGCUGUUCGUGGUGGCGCGGAUCCUAGCGGACCUCAACCAGCAGGCGCCGGCACCCGCCGCGGCGGAGCGCAGAGAGGGGGCCGCGGCCCGAAAGGCGAGGACCCCGUGCCGCCUGCCGCCCGCCUCCCCCGGCGGCGAGGGCGCCGCGGCCGCGCCCCCCAGCCCCGCGUGGAGCGAGCCCGAGCGGGAGCCGGCGCCCGCGGGGAGCGGCGAGCCCGGCCUCAGACAAAGGGGCCGGCGGGGCCGGAGCCGCGCCGACCUCGAGUCCCCGCAGAGGAAGCACAAGUGCCACUACGCGGGCUGCGAGAAAGUUUACGGGAAAUCCUCGCACCUCAAGGCGCACCUGAGAACUCACACAGGUGAGCGGCCCUUCGCCUGCAGCUGGCAGGACUGCAACAAGAAGUUUGCGCGCUCGGACGAGCUGGCGCGGCACUAUCGCACGCACACCGGCGAGAAGAAGUUCAGCUGCCCCAUCUGCGAGAAGCGCUUCAUGCGCAGCGACCACCUGACGAAGCACGCGCGCCGCCACGCCAACUUCCACCCGGGCAUGCUGCAGCGGCGCGGCGGGGGCUCGCGGACCGGCUCGCUGAGCGACUACAGCCGCUCGGACGCCAGCAGCCCCACCAUCAGCCCGGCCAGCUCGCCGUGAGCACGCCGGCCCCGUCCUGUCCUUUUGUAAUGAGAACGAAGCCGCGAACUUAGGAAAAGUCCACGGGAAAACACUUUUCUUCACCUCAGGUGUCAGUCAGUUUUUUUUUUUUUAAGGAAAAAAAAAAGCCACAACGAAAAAUUUCCAAAAAUACCAUUCACAAAUUGCACAACAGACGUACCCAUGAAGUUGAGAUUCAGUGGUGUUGAACCCCCUUUCUCAGGGAUGGACGCGUUCUGUGAGGUCAGUGAGGACACCCCUUCCUGGCGCCUUACUCUGUACAUAGAUUUGCACUCUGGAGUUUUCUGUUAGGUUCGGGAACACGCUGGGGACAGCGCGGGCUGACCAGUGCAGGCGGAGUCCGCCAGGGCCCGGGCACAUGCCGUCAUGGACGUUUGUACUUCUCCCACAGAUUCCCAAGCGACCAGGCCCCUGCCCCUGCCCUGCCUCGCCCCUCAGGCGUGGUCGGUGAGGGAUGCACCGCCUCAGAGGGAUGCCUUAAGCCAGGACAGGCCAGAGGAGCACUCCACCAGGAGGAGCCAUGGAGGGAGCCUCGCCCGCCGGCCCCACCUCCAGGAGCCCUUGCCUGGGGCACCUGGGAGAACCAGAAUCAGAGCCUGAGUGGGCACAGCAUUGCACCAUCUGACCUGGCAGGAGACAGCGGCUGGGCCCCGCCUGCCCAGGACCCCGACCUCUGUGUCCCUGCAGAAGGCACGUGGGGACCCUGUGUUGUGUGGCAAACAGAGGCUGGGGACCGUGGUCGUCUGCACAAGUGUCAGGAAGUGCAGUGGGUCCAUCCAGCCCCCGCGGCUGUCCCCCAGGCACUUCUGUGGGCGAGGCCGGCAGGCCAGCUUGUCAGAGGGUCUGCGUGGUGGUGGGCAGUGUGGGGACUCUGCAGAGUCCACCCUGUACUGACAGAUCAGAGCACUGGGACUUGGAAGUUGGCAGGAGUGUGGCCGACGUUGUGGGAAGCGCUGCUGGAGAACGUGCUGUUGCUUCCCACCGCCCCGGGAGCGCCGAGGACUGUGGGAAACGCUCUCAGACCCUCUGUGUCCCCAGCGCAGACUCAUCAAGUCUCCAGCUUCUCCUGGCCCCCUCCUGCGGGGCCCAGGCCACAGCAGCCUGCAGUGCCCUGUCGCCAGCCUGCUCCUGGGAGGAGACGAGGACCACAGAGCUGUGACUUGCGCUGGGUUGAGGUUUGAGGCCCAGGCUGGGACAGUCUGGCCGUGUCCAAGUGAGCUCCUUCGCCGGGCCCUCGAAUGACCACUCCCCAUCCCUGUGGCCCAGGGUCUUCCUUCCCUUCUCCUGGAAAGCCGGGGCCUGUAAUCACAGGGCCCCAGGACAGUGUGUAUGUAUGUAUGUGUGUGUGCCCGCGUGUGUGUGCACACGUGGGGAAGCAGUGGGGGCGGCUUGGGGUAUCUUGCAGAGACCUCUCCUUGUUUUGAUGAGGAGCUGCCCUUGGGGUCUCAGAGGGCCAUAGGUGGGCUUCCCGGGCCCAGAGUGCCUUGGUUGUGGCCAUACUGCUUCCACUCCGGCCCUCCCAUGACAUGGGGUGCAGCACAGAGAGACCCCAAAGGCCCCAGGUCCCCUGCAGCCCCUGGCUGCUGUUUUCUGUUUUAGGGUGACUUCAGAGUAGAUGGGCACCCUGUGUGCACAGCCACUGCGUGGGGACAGCCCAGUGUGCCGUCUGUGACAUCUGGGCACCCAGCGCUAACUCCACUGUGCGUCAGCUAGAUUUGGCUAGUGUUGUGGAAGCAGCUUAUCAGUAGCAUUAUUAUGGGUACUGAGCUGGUGGGUAGUGUUGUUCCUGCUGUGGGUGGGGGCUGGGGGUGGUGAUGCAUUGACCCUGCCCUGGCCAGAUGCAGAGCUGCCCUGCCCCCACCGCCGUGCUUGUUGCACGGGUCUGGGGGACAGGGUGGAACAUGUGGUGGGGUCUUGACCGAAGAGAGCCCUGGGUACUUGGGGUGCAGAGAUCUUUGUACCCAGUUCCAAAGUGAGGUCCCUCCCAAAGCUGUUUCUGCAUGAGGUAGAGAGAGCCACACUCUACAUUUCACGUCUCAGGAAUUCACAUUCCAGGUUCAGGAAUUUUAUUCCAAAGUCCUUUGGUGCCCUCACCGUCCACGGUUCUGAAGGCAGGGAGAGGGGCAGGCAGAGCGCCCUGGGGCCGAGGGGAGGAGGUCGCCACAUCACCGUGGGCGGUUUUUGAACUCCACAUCUGUCUGCACAUGGGAAGGGAGAAAAAGGACUCCAAACCCAGUCAUCUUGGAAUAAAAAAAAAAAAAAAAAGCUGGUUUGUUUUAGAGCGGGGUGGGGGGUGGGGGAGGGAGAGUGGGCGUUGGCUGUUUCCAAAGAGAGCACUUAAUUUAAUUUUUCCUCUGAAUGACCCAGGGCUGUUCCAUCUGAUAGAUGGAAGGGUAACAUUGCCUUAAAACAGAAAUAUGCAGGCGCUGGCUAUUUUUGGCAAAUGAACCUCUUCACUCCCAAAGUGGUUCUGGUUAGUGGCAGGGUGUGGUCCUGCAGCCUUGGGCUUAGCCUGGGAAAUGGGGGGGGGCAGGGCACCGCCACCAGGGUGUUCUCACCAACCCCCCCAUUGGGACCCUCCUACAUCAUCUGGGGCGCAAAUUCAUCUCACUUGACCGGGGGGGGAGCAUGAGUCUCAGACUCAGCUCAGCAAGUUCCCGUCUCAUCCCUUCUGGGAUGUGGAAUGUCUUCCCAGCCUGGGUCCAUCGCAGGGUCUUUGGUUUCUGUGGUUUAUGGCCAUGCUUGCCAGUUUUGAUGGGAUUAAGGAAGCCAUAGGGUUCUUCUAAAUAAUAAUGCAAAUGCAAACCUUUAUUUUGGGGGCAGACUUCAGUUCUAGAGGCCACAGGAGCAGAGGUCUGGAAGCGAAGAGAGAACCCCUAUCAAUAGGCCUAAAAGUGACUCUGGACCCAGCCACUGGGGCCAGGGUUCAGCUCAUGUCUCAAACGAAAAAAACGUUUUUGCAUCAGCCAUAUCAGGGGGAUGGCUGUCAGCCCCCAGAUGCCUACUGAAUCCUACAGCCAUACCGAAAAAUGCAGCUGGACACAGCCCUUCCCCCAGGGCCCUGGAGUCCUCUGCUGCCCGGUGCUAUGCUGGGAUGGAAUGCAGGCCUGGAGGUGCCCUACUGCAUCCUGCUGCAGCUCCCUCCCCAUGGCACUGGAGGUACAAGAGCCCCCGCUCCGCCCCCUAAUUCCUGACAUUAUUCUGAGGCUAUGCAUCGGGGCAGGUGCAGGAUUCGCCAAGGUGCAGCCUCUCGGUGCAAACAUCCACACGCUGGCGGCCCAGGACCUCGCUCAGACCAGGGAAGGGUGAUUCAGAGAUGGGUGCGGGCAGAGCCGUCCCAGAUGGGUGGCCCCCGGCCCAGCCCAGUGGGUUCAGGAGCCCUGGCCUCUUUCUUGCCAGAGGGUUAUAGGCUCCAGGAUCUCGGCAGGCAGCGUGUGUGCCAGCCAGCGCAAGGGUCCCACAGGCGUGGCUGUGUUUACAAGGCUACCUGACCAUUUUGACUUCUGACAGUAUUUAUUUAAAAAAAUUUUUUUUUUUGGAAACCCAUUUGGAAAAGGUCAUUCAUCAAAGACACAGUGCUGGAAGGCUCGAAGGGGUUUCAUGUGUUGGUCACUUCACAGCCAGGGAGAAAUGCUUUGCAGGUCAUGCAUGGCUUUUGCCAUCCGAAGUUUUCCUGUGUGAAUUUUGGUGACCAUUUUUUCCAAAGCUAA